CGCGAGUCGAUAAGCUCUCGCUCGCUGAGCCCACCCUCUUCCACUCUACCACCCCCUCCCCCGCCGCGGCGGAGCUCUAAACCCUAGGCCUCUCCGGCGGCGGAGGCGGAGCCGCGAUGUCGCACUUCGGGAGGUCGGGCCCGCCGGACAUCCGCGACACCUUCUCGCUCCUCGUCCUCAACAUCAGCUUCCGCACCACGGCAGACGACCUCUUCCCACUCUUUGAGCGCUACGGUAAGGUCGUCGACGUCUUCAUCCCGAGGGAUCGGAGGACAGGGGACUCGAGGGGUUUCGCGUUCGUACGAUACAAGUACGCUGACGAGGCGCAGAAGGCUAUAGAUCGGCUUGAUGGACGAAAUGUGGAUGGGAGGAACAUCAUGGUGCAGUUUGCCAAGUAUGGUCCCAAUGCGGAGCCAAUCCGUAAAGGAAGGGUCAAAGAGGUGGUUGAGAAAUCACAAGAAAGGUCAAGAAGCCAUAGUCCAAGGCCAAGGCACAGAGACAGAGAUCAUAGAAGGCGAAGUCGCAGCAGGAGCAGAGAAAGGCAAUGUAGGGAGAGGGACUAUCGUCGUCAUAGCAGAAGCAUAAGCAGAAGCAGAAGUCCAAGUUCAAGCCCUGGCUACAAAAGCCGUUGUAGAGCAAGAGAUGAUGACAAGUGCAGGAACAAGGGCAUGAGUAGGAGCAGAAGCAGGAGUAAGAGUAGGAGCAGAAGCAGGAGUAGAAGCCGCUCAUACCAUAGUGCUUCACCUGCUCGGCGCAGUGCUAGCCCUCACAAGAGCCCAACACAACGCAUGAGCCCCACUGACAAAAGUCCUGAAAAGCAGACCAAUGGAAAAGCUUCACCUCUGUCACACAGUGUUUCUCCACCAAAACGUGCAGGCUCACAUAGCACUGGCAGCGAUAGCAAGGAAUAAAGCUUGUUAACGUGAUGAUGAUUAAGAACAAUCUUUCCAUGGGGUUGUAGAAGAUUGGCUGAGCACAAUGGAAGUAGCACUCAACUGUUAUUCAAGGUUGCUAGUUGUUCAGUAGUUUUUAAUGGUUUCUAGAAUUGUGUUUUCUAGUUGUCAAAAUUAUGCUAUUGGUUUGUAUUUCGACCUCUGUUGUGUUUCCAUCUACUUCUUGAUACCAUCAUAUUAACUAGUUAAAACAUUUGUGCAUUUUCUA